AUGUUUCUUGCCAACGUUUCCAAAACGUUUCUCUCUCAAUCCGCUGGGAAAAUGUCGGGAAGAAAGCGCCCGGCUCCCGCUCAACGAGGUAUAAUGGACUUCUUUGACGCCAAAAAAAGGUAAGUAUCAAACUACAACGUGUGUUAUUUAAUACAUCUAAUAGUUGCCUUGGUUGCUGUGUUCAUUCUUAGCUCGUUGUAGUAUGAAAAUCGGUGAGCCACUUCACAGUUUUGUAGAUUGGACAAAACAACAUGGCAAUUUAACCGUCCAGUGAUUGAAUACUCUAUGAAAUUAAGCUUAACUUUUCAAAAUUCGAUAGCUCCAAUGAUGAGGACAAUGAUGAGAACAAUGAUGAGAACGAAACAAGUGAGGAAUCGACUAGCACGGAAGGUACGUUUAAUACAAUUGAAAGAAUUUAUCAUUUGACUUUAGAUUCGGUCUUCGCAAACCAUUGGCAGCGUUGUGCGAAAUAGCGUCAACGGUACUCUGAUUUUUGGAGGACUUAUUGAUAUGAUUGACUGAAGAAGCUAAGUUGCAUAAUCUAUUUGUGAUGGUUACGUAGCGAUUAAUUUUCUUUUACAUGUAUAAGUAUUUUCAUAAGUAUUUUCCUUUUAGGUGGAAUAAUGAUAGAAGAAAACCCCUGGCCCAUUGAAGUUCUGGUGGAAAUUUUUAAGUGGUUUUCAAUAGAGGAACGACUUAAGCAACUGGCACCAGUGUGCAAACUCUUUCACCAAGCCGUCCAUACACCAAAGUUUUGGAAGAUAGUUGAUACUAAUUCAGAAUUUACACUUUCUUCAUUUUAUUCUGUUUUGGGGCACGCUAAACAUAAAACACAUCUCCGUUUUCGUUAUUCUCAACGACAAUUAGGUUUCAGGAAUCUGAUAGAAAAUGCCCUGAACGAUUGUGUCAACCUUGUCAACUCAGACCUGGCGUACAAUACGUCAAUUUUCAUUUUGUAUUUUAUACAGAGCAUGCCAUUUUUGGGAUACCUUGACACAAAAAGCUGCCAAAAUGUGACGGAAAGUAGUUUAACACUAUCCCUUAAAAACAAGAGAGGGCUGCAGGUUUUGAAAAUGGUGAAUUGUUUUCAGAUAACAGGAAAUUCACUCGUUUCCAUAAUCAGGAGUCUGCCUGACGUAAGGAACGUAGUUGCCAAUUGGUGUGGCUCAAUAACAGUAGAACAAGCCCGCGAUGUUUUGCAGCAGCGCAAACUGCUGGCGGGUUUAUUUUCAUCAUGCUGUGGGCCUCGUAACUUGUGGGAAGAAUUUGUACAAGAUUUUAAACAUGUAGAGUUUGGGGAGGAUCUGUUAGAUCAUGUCAAACGAGUAAACCUCCCGCGAUUUUUGUAUGAUGAUGAGGUAGAAUAAAUAGAGACUCAUGUGUAAUAGGUUCUAUGGGAAAUGGAGUAGUAAUGGCUGAAGAAAGAAAGUGUUAAUGAAAAAUAUAUAUAUGACAGCUCUUGUUUUUAAUAAACAGUCAGUCGCAGCUCGCGUUUAUUUUAUUAACUUGUUUGCAGACCCAAGUCCAUGUGUUAGAGAUCCCAAUGACCCAGCGAAUUAUACCGGUAAAACUUUAUCAGACGACCAAAAGCUUGAGCUUCUAACCUUAAAGAAUAGCUUUCCUCACGGAUUCAAGUUUCCGACAACAGCCGGAAGGCGUUUCCAACUAUCAUGGAUGGAGAAGCGGCCAUGGCUGCGUUACAGCAUUAGAAAUGACACAGCUCACUGUAUCUAUUGUAUAUGUUUUUCCAACAAUACUGUUCCAAAUGAAUCGCCAUUUAUCUCAAAAGGCUUCAAAAACUGGAAGAAAGCAGGUGAUGAGCGCCUUGACACCCAUGCGCGCAGUGAAGAACACCAACUUUCAGAGGAAAAGAUGACUAACUUCCUUAAGACACGCCGCCCAGGCAAUGACAUCAGUGCAAGACUACAAAGACAGGCAGCCGAGCAACAGCAUCGCACAAUGAAAGGCGUCGUGUCUAUUAUUGAUGUAGUCAUUGCAUUAGGACAGAGGGGCAUUCCAUUAAGAGGCAAUUGGGAUCCCUCUAAAAAUGAAGAUGGGAAUUUCUCCUUCUUUGUUGACUGGAAAUCCAAAUAUGAUCCAGAACUCAAAGACCAUUUGGAUCAUGCUUCCGGUAAUGCUAAGUACACGUCUCCGAGGAUUCAGAACGAAAUAAUCAAUUUGUGCGACAGUUUCAUUAGAAACCGUGUCCGAGCAUCAAUACCAAAGUAUUGGAGUGUAAUGGCCGACGAAACGCAAGAUUGUUCUACAACUGAACAACUCAGUAUAUGUGUGCGAUAUCUGAGCAGUAAAAAUGAAGUUUGUGAAGAAUUUAUUGGAUUCGUAAGGCUUGAAAAAUUGGAUGCCCAGACCAUUGCGGAUACCUUGUUACACGCACUACAAGAAUGGGGCUUUAAUAUGUCCGGCUUAGUUGGCCAAGGAUAUGAUGGAGCAAGCGUCAUGAGUUCAAGUAGGAAUGGGGUGCAAGCUAAAGUUGCAGAGAAGUACCCUAAUGCCACGUACGUUCACUGCAGGUCCCACGUUUUGAACCUUGCAAUCUCGAGUGGUUGCAAAGCUGUGCGAUCCAUUCAGAAUCUGUUUGAUAACGUCAGCAAACUUACGUGGUUUCUUAGUGGCAGCGCCAAAAGGAAAGAAAUAUUUCUUCAGACAGCCGCGGCCUCCGAUGACAGUGAACUGUUGAGCGCUCUAGUUGCAUGUGCUGAUGAAGACGAAGAAGAUGAAUCUGCCAAAACAUUGGAGGAAGGAAGCAAGCGACAGACUGUACCGAAAUUCUGUGCUACUCGUUGGAGUGCAAAAGUUACUACCCUCUCUGCUCUUCUUGCUAAAUAUGGCUCUGUACUUCUAGCUCUGGAUGAAAUUUCGUCAUCAAGCAGUGGCGAUGCUAAACGUGAUGCUUCAGCUUAUUCACGUCUUCUCCAAGACUCUGAAUUCAUAGUCGCUUUGACAGUAUCUCAGUUUGUUCUGUCAUUUUUAGCCCAAGUAACAAAGUCCCUACAAGCUAAGAGCUGUAACCUUGGCGAUGCAUACCAAAGCGUAACUCUCGCCAAAGAAUGCAUUAAAUCAGCAAGAGGCGAUGAAUCCUGGCAGAAGGUGUGGAGUCGAAUCAGCCAGGUAGCUGACUCUAUCAACGUCACCCUGAUAAAGCCUCGUACAACGACUGUUCAACGCCAUCGAGCAAACGCCGCACACAACGAUCAGCCAUCAGACUACUACAGGAUUAAUGUGUUCUAUCCAUUUAUAGAUCACGUUGUCAGUGAACUUGAAACGAGAUUUUCAGUCCAGCACGAAGGCCUGAUUACCGCUCAAAACCUGUUCCCUUUGUACUUGCCCAAGUUAACUGACAGGCAUAUCGAGAAGAUCAAGAACUACUUCAGCAAGCAUCUAGAUUUCUCGGAGAAGUCUAAUUUUGACGCAGAGCUGGCAAGGUGGAGGAUGAAACACGCGAUGGAGCCAGAGUCAGAACAAGAGGGAGCAAUGCCUGAUUGCAGUCCGCAAGAAUUUCCCGCCAUUCACAAGGUGCUGUCGAUCUUUCUAACCACGCCUGUCGGAAGCGUCAGUUGCGAACGCUCCUUCUCAGCACUACGCCGUCUAAAGUUAUGGACUCGGUCAUCAAUGACAGAAAAUCGAUUAAGUGGCCUUGCUAUGCUGUUAAUUCAUCGCGGAACGGACUUCAUUCCCACUCCAAAAGAGAUCUAUGACAUGAAGUCAAAUUGGAGAAGAAUCUAG